GCACCAGCUUCAAAGAUGCACGCAGUGGGCAUUCAUUCUGCCAUGGCAAUAAAACGCCAACGACGACGUCGUGAUGAACAAAAACGGGCUCGAGAAAGACGUUACAGUACACAAAGUUCGGAGAGUGGUGAAACGUUCCAUUCACCAAGUGGAUCUGUACGACGAAAGUAUCAUCACACACACAAUGCCGCGAAAGCUGGACCCGGGAUGAUUGAUAGCCAGGUUGUCACUAGUAUUGGUAUGCUGCACAUUGGUAUAGUCUUCAUCGUAUUCGGUGUAUUUUUAUGUGGCGCUGGCAUUAUCCCAGAUGAAACAAUGUCUUGGAACGUAUUCAGUUCCAGUUCAGCUUGGUGGAACGAGGUUACAUGUACCGGAUUGUUUUCAUUGGGACUUGGGCUAUUUCUACUUAUCCUAAAUUGUUUGAUAAGUCGCAAGGAAGAGGAGGACUUAGAGGAUUAUGUACAACGGCAAUUGACACGAUCUCGAUCCGGACAUCGUUUAGAGCGAGAUGUAGAAACCGGUGUUCUCACAACUAGGCAUGCUCGCAAAGCAGUGGCACUGCAGAAAAAUGGCAUUGCUGCCGACGUAGCACUUGUCAACAGUUCAAACAAUGAAAAUGUACCCAAUGGAUCCAUAGAUGGAAGAACAUGUAUAAAUACUUCCGGUGAUAUUUUAUUAGAGAAAAUAGUCGAAGAAGACAAUUCAUAUCUAAACAACGGUAGCGUCGGUGUUUCACCCAUAGAAAUCGAAAAUGAUACCAAGCAGCUAUUACGGAGCGAAUCAAUAAAUGAAACAAUCAAUAUUACACGAAUAUAAAACUUGUUUUACCCGGACUCACCAAAUUUAUUCUUUAUGCAAUUUA